AUGUCGCCCGAUCUCGGCACCAACUUUGAGACGCUUCAGCUCCACGCGGGCGCCGAACCCGACCCUACAACAAAGGCACGAGCGGUGCCCAUCUACGCAACCACGAGCUUCACCUUCAAUGACUCGGCCCACGGCGCGAGGCUCUUCGGCCUCAAGGAGUUUGGCAACAUCUACAGCCGUAUCAUGAACCCCACAGUCGACGUCUUCGAGAAGCGCAUGGCCGCUCUCGAGGGCGGCGCCGCAGCCCUCGCUGCCUCGUCGGGCCAGGGCGCCCAGUUCAUUGCCAUUGCCACCCUGGCCCACGCCGGCGACAACAUCGUGUCCACCUCGAACCUGUACGGCGGCACCUACAACCAGUUCAAGGUCUUUCUGCCGCGGCUCGGCAUCCGCACAAAGUUUGUCGACGGCGACAAGCCCGAGGACAUUGCCGCCGCCAUCGACGACAAGACAAAGGCCGUCUAUGUCGAGAGCAUCGGCAACCCGCGCUACAACGUGCCCGACCUCGAGGCCAUUGCCAAGGCCGCGCACGAGCGGGGCGUGCCCCUGGUCGUGGACAACACGUUUGGCGCCGGCGGCUACUUUAUUCGCCCCAUCGACCACGGCGCCGACAUCGUCGUCCACUCGGCCACCAAGUGGAUCGGCGGCCACGGCACCACCAUUGGCGGCGUCAUCAUCGACUCGGGCAAGUUUGACUGGGGCAAGCACGGCAAGCGCUUCCCCCAGUUCGUCGAGCCGUCCGAGGGCUACCACGGCCUCAAGUUCUGGGACACGUUUGGCGCCAUCUCCUUCAUCAUCCGCGCACGCGUCGAGACCCUGCGCGACCUCGGCGCCACGCUCAACCCCUUUGCCGCCCAGCAGCUGCUGCUCGGCAUCGAGACGCUCAGCCUGCGCGCCGAGCGCCACGCCCAAAACGCGCUGGCCUUGGCGAGGUACCUCGAGAAGAACCCGUACGUGAGCUGGGUCUCGUACCCAGGCCUGGAGAGCCACCCGUACCACGAGGUUGCCAACAAGUAUCUCAAGAAGGGAUCCGGUGGCGUGCUGAGCUUCGGCGUCAAGGGCGGUGGCGCGGCCGGCAGCCAGGUCGUCGACGGGUUCAAGCUCAUCUCCAACCUGGCCAAUGUCGGCGAUGCCAAGACGCUCGCCAUCCACCCCUGGACAACGACCCACGAGCAGCUUUCCGACGAGGAAAAGACCAGCUCGGGCGUCACAGAGGACCUGAUCCGCAUCUCGGUGGGCAUCGAGCACAUUGACGACAUCAUUGCCGACUUUGAACAGUCGUUCAAGGCUGCCUCAGCGACCAAGGCCUCAGACGCGGGCUCCGAUUCGGUCGACAAGGGGGACAAGAAGGUCGAGGCGCCAGUUGCGCCCUAG